CUCGAACUACUUGCUCAAUAAUUCUGUCCAGUCGCUUUCGGCCCGACAUGUUCCAGAAUAGGGUGCAGGGGGGGAAAUUAUUGGAUGGGGUAGAUCGAGUUUAAUAAACUCGAACUAGUGUAGAUCGAGUGUUUUAGACUCGAACCACUGCAUCAGUUUACGAUGAUAAAAAGCCCUCACUUAGCACAUUCUGGCAGCUCUUUUACUUUCUAUCUUCUUUCUUCCAAACACAAACUGCAGCAGCUGGAGCACCAUAGCUCACCAAAGAAGAAAAUUUUUGGAGAAAUGGGUAGAAAGUUUCGAAAA